GUGUGUGUGUGUACGAAGCGAAAGUCGCAAAUGAUACCGUUAACGUUCGGAUUUAUCCACGUGUCUUAUUCUCCCGCUCCGUCCAUCUAUCCGUUAACACUCUCUCUCUCUUUCUUUCUCUCUCUCUCCUCUUCCGUCUCUCAUUCUAUCUCUUCUGCAAUUCUUCUCCAUUGAAUAAACCGAAAUUCUUUCUUCAUUGAAAAAAUCUAAAAAAGGAGAAAGAAAAAUCCAUACAUACAUUCAUUAUUGUGACAAUGGGUAAGUUACUAUGUGAUUCCACCACCGCCGCUGAACCGUUUCAAGGUUCGCCGGCGGCGGCACUUCCAUGGAUCGAUUCCAAAUCGUCGGCUUCAAUGGAAGCCAUCGGAGCCGUAGAUCUCGUCGUUCCGAUGAAUCUUGCGAACGAAGCUUUCACCGGCGGCGGCUGGGAGGACGUUGUCGGGUUGGAGGAGGCGCAGAGGCGUCACCUCCAGAGGCUUCACGCUAAGGGCGUUCUUUGGAAGCCUCCGGAGACGGAGGAUUCGUCAGAUCUCAGAUCCGUCGUCUUCCGUUUAUCUCACGGCGGCGAGGUUUCUUCCGACGGAAACUGUCUUUUCACGGCGUCGCAGAAGGCGAUGGCGGUUGAAGAUGUUGAUUCACGGGAACUGAGACGGCGGACGGUGACGAGGUUCUUGGAAGAUUUUGGAUCUGUGAGUUUUGAGGAGGGAGAAGCGAUCGAUGACGCGAUUCGGCAUAUGUAUUCGCCGGAUCUGAGAUUUGGUUGGGGUAUUCAUGUUGUUCAGGAAGUGAAAUUGUUGGCCAAGAAGGAGGAUCGGUUUUCUCUUGAUUCUGCUAUCAAUGAACUCAUCCACCUCGGCAUGCAAAGAGAAAUGGCGGCGGAAUCUAUUUACAAAGAGAGAUGCAUUCCGGUGAUUGAUGGUCCAACAUGGGCCAAAUACAUGUUGAUAUCUGGUUCUCCUGAUGAUGAUUAUGAUAUCAUCACUUUGCAAUAUACUGAGGAGGGUUUAUUAUCUGUUGAUGAGAAUAGGGAGGGUCGAGCUGCAGCUUUUGGUGAUGAUAUUGCAAUUGAAUGUCUUGCUACAGAGUUCAAGCGCGAGAUAUAUGUGGUGCAAGCGCAUGGUUCAGAUGCCAUGGUUGAUGAAGAAAAUUGUGUGUUUUUCCUUCCGCAUCGUCCAAGGAGCGAAAUUGCAGAACUUCCCUUUUUCCUUUUCAUGAAAGGAACAGGUUGGUGUGGUGCUGGAGCUGACCACUAUGAGCCCUUGAUCGCCCAUCCUUCUGCCUAUGUUUCACAAGAAAAGGUUGCUGUGGUACUGUGAGGCUUUUUAGCCUGCAAUUUUGUGGAGUAGAGAUUGAGUAGAAUUAGAGUUUCUCCAACAUAUUUAUGGCCCCUUUAGAAAUGUUCGGCAGCAACAAUCUGGUUCUCCCAAGACUAGAUUUGGUCCUGAAGAGUAUCUCAUUUUGUUGCAUUUAUUUUGUUACUGACAUUUAGAUUCAAUCAUCUUUGACUCUUGACAUUUGACAAGCAGGUAUUGUCACCGGCCUCUGUUUUGUUGUUCAUGUUAUUGAGUUGAUUAGAGAGGAUUUUGUGCCAUUUAGGUAGUGUGUUCUUCAAAUUGAAGAGUUCUUGUAUCUCUGUGGAUUUCGUCACUGUAAUGAAGUGGCUUAUUUUCUGGUCA